AUGAUCUGGAACUGCUUGGCGUCGGAGCUGCUCCUCGGCGAAGUCUACCUGGCCAACUACAGGUUGAACACGAUUCAAACGGCGCUGAUUGGUCGAAACCUGCAACGCGACGGCUCUGGUCCCUACCUCCCCCGUCGUAACCGAGCGCGCCCUAGUGGUGUUGCGUGGCAGCAUCCGCAUCACUUCUGGCGCUGGUUUUGCUGGGUCCAGGGACACUAUCAAGACAUUGGGCACCACUGUGAUGACCCACACAUCCGUGUCUUCGGUCAACUUGAAGUGAGAUCGACCGAUAACUGGGUCUGUCCUCAUGGGCAGUUCCAUGCGCAACAUGAUAUGGGGUACUACCCCAACAGCUACUACAACAUGCUCAAGCUAUUCCCUAACGGAUCUGACUUUGUCUUUCAAAGCACUGCGCUGGGGGGAAUGUUUGGCGGGUACAAUGGGUUCAAGUUUGACUUUGUGCACCCCACGACUAACUUCAAGCUGGCCGAGCGGCCUGUGGCGGCUGGCUCUGGCUACGCCUACGACUGGUUCGCCCAAGAGCGCGACAUUGCCGCUUGGUAUUCCAAGUACGAAUGCCACCGGGGGAACAACCUCAUCGACAAGGCGGCCCUUCGAUUCGGCGUCGUGCUGCAGUGGCACUGA